UCACGAUCACGCUAGCAACUCAGAUAUGACCGAAUCACCUCCCGUGGAUGGCUAUAACUGACAUCUUGUCGACGAUUCGCGCAUUCGUCGAGGACUGUCGGUCAGGAUUGUCAUCUGUUUCGGGCCUUCUGGACUAGUGGCUUCUAAUCUGGACGGGACUUGGAGCUGGAUGACUCGCACCAUUCGUGAUGAUGUCUGGAGGCACCUCUCAGAAGUGCUCUCAGAAAUCAGAGACUUGCAGACCGUGCGAUCUGUAGCGACAUGUGCUCGUGUGAACUUUUCGCUAGCGUCUUUGGCACAAUUCGAGGCAAUAGUUAGGGAACAUUUGCCCACGUUGUUGGAUAAGGGUAUAUUGAAGGCGCAACAGGAAGUUUCUUAGGAUGAUUGUCACUUCUGGACGCGUGUGGUACUCCAGAGUUGUAUCCCAGUCCGUUCUCCUUCUAAUCACCCCCGUUUGCGAUUUCGACUUCGAUCGCCACGCCGGAAUGCAAUAGUGCGAAGUCCUCGGAGUAUAUAAAAUCCUGAAGGUGUCCUCUAUUUCUUGACUCUUCGUUUACGGCCAUGGAUACUUCAUUCACUGAGCUGGAUCAACUAGUAUCUCUCAUUUCUACCUCCGUUGCAGAUUUGAAAGCUGAAUACGUUCGUCUUCAUGAGCCGCUUCCGAGCUUGGACGAUGUUCGAAAGUAUCCGUUUGAUUCAAAGCACCCUCCUAAAGGACUGCAGCAAGCUGUCCUGGUCAUUCAAGGUGCCUGUGCCCAGCUUUCCGCUCUUGUUGCACCACCACAGCACACGAUUACUAUCAGAGGCAUGGACUUCCUUACUUCAGCAUGUCUCAAUGUCGCCGUCAAUGCCAAAGUGGCAGACCAUCUGCUCGACAAUAUUGAUGGUCUCCACGUCUCCAAACUUGCAGCGUUAACUGGCAUAGGACAAGUCAAUCUUUCCCGAGUCCUUCGUUUGCUCGCGACAAAGCAUAUAUUCAGAGAAGUUUCACACAAUGUCUUUGCAAACAACCGUCUUAGUAUCACCCUACUUUCGUACAGUCCCAUGAGUUCCCUCACCGGAUUAUGCACGGACGAAAUCCUGCAUUCGUCGACAGCGCUCUACGAAACAAUCACAGAUCCAGACCCAGACAAUAAUCUAACGGCAUGGAGUCGCUCAAUGAAGUAUCCAGGGCCUGUAUGGGAGUGGUAUCAGAAGGUAGACCCUGCUCGUGCUAAGCGCUUCGGUUCAGCUAUGACUGGAUUCAGUUCCGUUGUGACCUUCGAAUCGACUUUGUACGGCUUCCCCUGGAAAACCCAACCGUUGGGUACCAAGGUCUGCGAUCUAGGUGGAGGUGUAGGGCAUGUCAGUAUGCACCUCGCGAAGGCAUGCCCUCAGUUGCACAUCGUGCUUCAAGACCUUCCACACACAAUCGAGCAAGCAAAGCCUCUUUGGCAAGAGAAUGCGUCGGAUAUCUUCUGUGGACAACGUGUAGAGUUUGUUCCUAUUGAUUUCCUGAAGGGAAGCCCUGUCUCCGGAUGUGAUUUUUACUUCAUGAAGAACGUGAUACAUAACUGGUCCGACGGUGAUACAAAUAUCAUAUUCUCGAAUAUCAAGCAGGCUAUGAAAUCUACGUCAAGACUUUUAAUACAGGAAUUCGUCAUACAACAUGUGUCUCGCGAAGCAGCGCCGGGAAAGCCAGAUUCCAAUGACACUUCUAAGGUGGAUUUGCCAAACCUCUUGCAUGGAUUUAUAUCAUGUCCCUCUCCACAGGCACCAGAGCCACUUCUACCCAACUACGGAGAAGGACGUAUCUUACCUUAUUAUCUAGACAUUGCUAUGAUGAGUUUCAUCAAUAGUAAAGAACGUACUUUAGAUGAGUACCGAGAGCUAGGGAAAUACUCUGGCUUCGAACUCGUGAAGGUCUGGGAUUGUGGUGAAACAGAUAUCAUUGAGUACAAGCCUGUAGACUGAACAAUCGCAGUUUUAAAUCACAAAACAGAAUAUAUAUCCAUUUCGCCGGUGAUACAUGAUUUGUCACU